UUGCUGAACUUAUAGUCAAGGGAUGAAAAUUGACAUUCAAAUUUCCCGAUAAUCAAGGUUUUCUAAUUUUUGGUCAAUAUAAGUGCCAAUUAAUUAAUUAAAUAGAAAAUUAAAAAUAAACUACAAUCUCGUACGUUUAAAUAUCUGUCGGUUUGCGAAAAAUCAAAAUCGCACGCGUCCACACAACGCUUUUUUAUAUAAUCAAAAUCCUUAUUUAAUAAAUAAAAUAAAUAAUAACACACACACACCAACAACGCGAACCUUCAAUUCCUCAACUAACAAAAUCAUCCCACAAUUUCCCGAGUCUUCAUCGCCACCAUAACCGCCACCCUCCCACCGCCUCCGCCGCCGUGACCGGCCCUUAAAACGCUAAUGCUUCCCGUUGUAGAACCACCUCCUUUCUCAAAACCUAAAACCCCAGAAAUAAUUAUAGAUCGCAAACACUCAUAUUUCACUUUCCUUAAACCUUAUCUAUCAUUCCACCACCGCCGCACAUGGUUCUUCCUCUCCGUCCUCCUCCUCCAACUCCUCCUCCUCCUCUCCGCCCCUUCCCUACCGUUCUCCCUCUCCGCCGACAAUAUUUCCAGUCCCCAGCCUUCUCCCAUCAUCGGAAACCCUACUACCAUAAAACAGGGUACUACCACCGUAGAUGGAAUUUCGAUUUCUAAAAAUCCGGCAAUUAAUCAGAAAAAAUGCCCCAACGGAAAAGUCUAUGUUUACAACAUGCCGCCGCAAUUCAACGCCGAAAUUGUGCGAAACUGCCGUAAUUUGAACCCGUGGUCGUCCCGCUGCGACGCCGUCUCGAAUUGGGGUUUCGGCAAACCGGCGGACAGGAUUUCAGCAAUUGUACCGCAGAACGUCAGCGGCGCGUGGUAUUGGACCGAUCAAUUCUCGCUGGAGCUCAUCUACCACAACCGUAUGCUGAAUUACCGAUGCAGAACCCUAGAGCCGGAAUCCGCCGCCGCCUUCUACAUCCCGUUCUACACCGGCCUCGCAGUCGAGAAGUUCCUCUUCACCAAAAACGCCACCGGCGAAGAACGCGAUCGCCAGUGCAAGGCGAUGCUGGAUUGGAUCGGCGAACAGCCGUAUUUCAACAAAUCCAAGGGCUGGGACCAUUUCAUCACGCUGGGGAGAAUUUCAUGGGAUUUCCGCCGCACCAAAGAAGGCGAUUGGGGUUCCAGUUGCAUACACAUGCCGAGGAUGCGUAACAUCACGCGCCUGCUAAUUGAAAAAAAUCACUGGGACUACUUCGACAUCGCCGUGCCCUACCCCACCGGAUUCCACCCCAGCUCCGCCUCCGAGCUAAAAAACUGGCAAAAUUUCGUCGCCGGCCGCACCCGCCGCACCCAAUUCUGCUUCGCCGGAGCAACGCGAGGGUUCAACAACGACUUCCGUGGGAUCCUGCUGAACCAGUGCCACUCCGAACCCGGUUCGUGCCGGGUCGUCGAUUGCAGCGGGUCAAAGUGCGAGAACGGAACCUCCACCAACGCAAUCAUGGAGACUUUUCUCGACUCGGAUUUCUGCUUGCAGCCAAGGGGUGACAGUUACACCCGGCGGUCGAUUUUUGACUGCAUGCUAGCCGGUUCGAUUCCGGUUUUCUUCUGGAAACGGACCGCUUAUUUACAGUACGAGUCGUUCUUGCCGAGCGAACCGGAAAGUUACUCGGUUUUCAUAGACCAGAAAGAUGUGAAAAACGGGACCUCAAUAAAGCGCGUGCUGGACACGAUUAGUAAAGAGAAGGUGAAAAGAAUGAGGGAAAAAGUGAUUGAAUAUAUACCAAAGAUUAUUUACGCAAAUUCCACUCAAGGAAUAGAUGACGCUUUUGACAUCGCCAUGGAUGCUUUGCUGAGGAGAUUUAAGGAGCAAGAUGGAGGGUAUAAAUGGAAAAGUGAAUUAAUGGAAGAAAUGAAGAAUAAGGAGGAGGAGGAUGAAGCUCCGAAAAUUGAGGAUGACUCUGAAAAGAUCAAGAGAAAAGGAGAGCAAAGUGAAGAUUCGAAGCCAAAGGCUUUGUGGAUCAACAGCUGUGAUAAUGCUGAUGAAGGGAACGAGACUAGUUCGGAGAUGGGCGAGCUCAUGAAUUCCAGUAAUAAGAAGAAAAAGAAGAUGCAAUUUGAUGAGAGAGAGGAGGACGAAACCCCUAACGCCGUCUCGAAUUUCCGGAUUUCGAAGCCGUUGAGGGAAGCGUUGAAGGAGAAAGGGAUCGAGUCUCUGUUUCCAAUUCAGGCCACGACGUUUGACACGAUUCUCCAUGGCUCUGAUUUGGUUGGUAGGGCGCGCACUGGUCAGGGUAAAACAUUGGCAUUUGUGUUGCCCAUACUCGAAUCAUUGAUAAAUGGGCCCACGAAAACAUCGAGAAAGACUGGAUAUGGAAGGGCACCAAGUGUUCUGGUUCUUUUACCAACUAGAGAACUGGCCACACAGGUUUGUUCUGACUUUGAGAUGUAUGGUGGAGCAUUAGGGUUGAAAUCUUGUUGUCUGUAUGGGGGUUCUCCCUACCAGCCACAACAGAUUCAAUUGAAAAGAGGCGUUGACAUAGUAAUUGGCACGCCUGGUCGCAUUAAGGAUCACAUAGAGAGGGGAAAUAUAGAUUUUACUGCAUUGAAAUUUAGAGUACUUGACGAGUCCGAUGAAAUGCUGAGGAUGGGUUUCGUUGAAGAUGUUGAACUAAUCCUAGGUAAGGUAGAGGAUGCAAGCCAAGUCCAAACACUUCUUUUCAGUGCCACUUUGCCGGACUGGGUGAAACAUAUUGCAGCUAAAUUUCUAAAACGUGAUAAGAAAACUGCUGAUCUGGUCGGGAAUGAGAAAAUGAAGGCUAGCACCAGUGUGAGGCAUAUUGUUCUUCCUUGCUCUAGUUCUGCCAGAUCCCAACUUAUUCCUGAUAUCAUUCGCUGCUAUAGUAGUGGGGGCCGCACAAUUAUUUUUACGGAGACAAAAGAUUCUGCUUCUACGCUGGCUGGAUUACUACCUGGAGCACGUGCUUUGCAUGGGGACAUACAACAGGCUACACGUGAGGUCACACUUUCUGGAUUCAGAUCUGGGAAAUUUUCUACGCUCGUGGCUACAAAUGUGGCUGCGCGGGGAUUGGAUAUUGAUGAUGUCCAGUUGAUCAUUCAGUAUGAGCCACCACGUGAUGUAGAGGCAUACAUUCAUCGGUCUGGAAGAACAGGGAGAGCAGGAAAAUCUGGGAUUGCUGUGAUGCUCUACGAUCCAAGGAAGUCAAAUUUUUCCAAAAUAGAAAGAGAGUCGGGGGUGAAAUUCGAACAUAUAUCAGCUCCACAGCCAGCUGAGAUUGCUAAAGUUGCUGGUGCAGAAGCUGCUGAGAAAAUUAUUGGGAUAUCUGAUAGUGUAAUACCGGUAUUUAUGGCUGCUGCUGAAGAGCUACUGAACUCGUCUGCUCUAUCCCCAAUCGAACUACUUGCUAAGGCAUUAGCCAAUGCUGCUGGUUAUACGGAGAUCAAGAGGCGUUCGCUUCUCACUUCAAUGGAGAACUUUGUUACUGUCCUUGUUGAGUGUGGGCGCCCCAUUUACACAGCAUCUUUUGCUUAUGGGGUUUUACGGAGAUUUUUGCCUGAAGAGAAGGUCGAAUCAGUAAAGGGUCUUGCUUUGACCGCUGAUGGUAAGGGUGCAGUUUUUGACGUGGCUUCUGAAGAUCUGGAUAUAUUCAUUGCUGGUCAGAAAAAUGCUGGUGGUGGUGUAAAGUUAGAAGUGUUGAAAUCGUUGCCACGUUUGCAAGAAAGAGCGGGGAGAUUCGGAGGUGGAGGCUUCUCGGAGAGGAAAGACGGUAGAUUCUCCGGUGGGAGAGGUGGAUAUUCCGAUCGUCCAUUCUCUAAAGGCCGCGGUGGUGGUGGUGGUGGUGGUGGAAGAGGUCGUGGAAAUAACCAUGGAAAAUGGUGAGAAAACAUUAUUAUGCAAGUAAUAAUAGCAUGCCCGAGGCAUCGAAAUUUUGGCGAAGACGAAGAUUUUUUUUUUUUUUUUUUUUAUUAAAAAAGCCAGAAAG